CUUUUCCAGACUCUGCAUCUGGGUCCGGGCUAGCGAAGGUAACAGGGCCCUCAGGACAUCCACAAUCCCCUGCCCUGGGGUUCAGGGCCCCCAGAUCCCCGACCCCAGACCGAGAUGAGGAGCUGCGGCCUCCUGAACAGUUCCAACAAGCCGGUGCCCCUGCGCAGCGGCUCGGUGACGGUGCUGAUCCGAGGCUUUGUGGCGGACGUGGGCUGUGAGCUGCUCUACAGGAACGAUGAGCAGGGGCCCGUGGAGGCCGUGUUCGUGUUCCCCGUGGACGCCGAGGCGGCCGUCUACGCCUUCCAGGCCCGCCUGGGGGGCGCCUGCAUCCAGGCCCAGCUCCGCGAGAAGAAACAGGCACAAGAGAUGUAUGGAGACGCGCUGGCCGGGGGGCAGAGCUCCUUCUUGCUGCAGCAGGAAGGGGCCGGGGGCGAUGUUUUCAGCUGCUCCCUGGGGAACCUGCCCCCUGGGGAGGAGGCGGCGCUGACCCUGCGCUACGUCUGCGAGCUGCCGCUGGAGCCAGAUGGAGCCGCCCGCUACAUGCUGCCAGCUGUGCUGCGCCCCCGCUACACGCCCCAUGGGUGGGACGGGGAGGACGUCACCCAGGGGGUCCCGCGAGUCCCCCAGGGGGAGCUGCCCUACACCCUGAGCCUGAGCGCCACACUGCAGUCACCCCACGGCAUCGACCGCGUGCUCUCCAAUUGCUCCCUCACCCCCCUGAGCUACACGGCCGGGAACUGGACCAGCGCCCAGGUGUCUCUGGCCGAGGCCCCCCCGUGGGGCCGGGACGUGGAGCUGCUGGUGUAUUACGCGGAGCCGCACAAACCCAGCGCGGUGCUGGAGCUCGGGUUGCCCGGAGCAGAGCCAGGCUCCCUGAUGGGCGACCCAGCCGUGAUGGUGACCCUACUGCCCAGCCUGCCUGAGGCGGUGCCGGGCCAGAGCCCAUCCGGGGAGUUCAUCUUCCUGCUGGACCGCUCCGGCAGCAUGCGGUGCCCCAUCGACGGCCGAGACCGCUCACCCCAGCGCAUCGACAGCGCCAAGGAGACCCUGGUCCUGCUGUUGAAGAGUUUGCCCCUGGGCUGUUAUUUCAACAUCUACGGCUUUGGGUCUCGGUUCGAGUCCUUCUACCCGCAGAGCGUGGCAUACACCCAACAGACCAUGGCCGAGUCCCUGCAGCGCAUCCAGCAGCUCCAGGCCGACCUGGGGGGCACCGAGAUCUUGGCGCCGCUACGAGCCAUUUACCGCAGCCCCUGCCGGGACGGGCACCCACGCCAGCUGUUCGUGUUCACGGACGGGGAGGUGGGGAACACCAAGGACGUCAUCACUGAGGUGCAGCGUCACCAGAGGUCCCACAGGUGCUUCUCCUUCGGCAUUGGGGAAGGGGCCUCCACGGCUCUGGUCAAAGGCAUCGCCCGGGCAGCAGGGGGCAGCGCCGAGUUCAUCACGGGCCAGGACCGCAUGCAGCCCAAGGCACUGCAGUCUCUGAAGCGGGCCCUGCAGCCGGCCGUGACUGGGAUCUCGCUGAGCUGGGAUCUGCCCCCCGGGAUGGAGGCGGCGCUGCUGGGCCGGGGCCCUGAGGUGAUCUUCCCUGGGCAGCGGUGCCUCAUCUACGCCCAGCUCCGUGGGCAGCCCCAGCCCCCAGACACUGCCGUGGGUGGCGUCAGCCUGCAGUACCGCAUCCAGGACCAGACCUACAAGGAGACGCUGCAGUUCCCCCUGCAGCCACAGGAUGGAGACAGGCUGCCCGUUCACCGGCUGGCAGCCAAGUCGCUGCUGCUGGAGCUGGAGGGGGCCGUGGACACCGGGUCGGAGGGGGACCGGUGCCGGGCGCUGGAGACCAGCCUGAGCUCGGGGGUCGUCUGCUCCCUCACGGCCUACGUGGGGGUGGACACGGAGCGGGGGCAGCCGGUGCAGGAGCCGCUGGUGAGACGGGACAUCCCGCUGGCAGCCUUCGGGGCCGCACCCCGCAUGCGGAGAUUUCUGUGUUCCUCCGUGGGCCAUUCCCCCCCUGUGCUCAGGGCCCAGGCCCAAGGGCUUUCCAGUGUGUCCGUGGACUGCGCCAUGGCCUGCAACCUGCAAGUUAAGAGCUGCCGUCCCCCCGUCCUCCUCCGGGACACUCACCCCCAGAGCUCCCCACGGGCAGUAGGGGCUCUCUUCUCCCCCGGCACCGCUCCUCCUGGCUCCCUCGUCACGCUGAAGCGCAGCUGUGGGAGCCCCCGACACGAGGGCAGGAAGUCCUGCACACUCAGCGCCCCGCCGGAGACCGCGUCCAAGGAAGAGCGGGCACCGGAAGUGUCUCCCCUGCUGAGGCUGGUGUCUCUGCAGAAUGCCGACGGCUCGUGGGACCUGGACCCCCGGCUGGCCGCUGCGCUGGGGGUGAGCGAGACCGACGCCAGGGGGAGGAUGCCCAGUCAGGACGUGCCCCCUGGCAUCUGGGCCACGGUGCUGGCCGUGGUCUGGCUGCACGGCCGGGCCGUGGGGCAGCGCGACGAGUGGGAGCUGCUGGAGGCCAAGGCUGUGGGCUGGCUGCGGGGCCAAGCAGGGCCCCGGCUGAGCGAAUGUCUGGAAGCCGCCAACACCCUGCUGGGCUGCAGCGUUGGCCCUGCUGUCUUUGGGCUCUGAGCCCCCCCAGAUCCCUGUACCCCUCCCCCCAAGCUACCCAGGGCCUCCAAACCAGCUGAACCUCCCCAUCCCUAUACCGCCCCACCCCAACUACCCAGGGCCUCCAGCCCCGCUAACCCCCCCACAGGGAUCCUAAAUUAAGAGCAGCCAGUUGGUUGCAUAAGUUUAAGGAAAACAGUUUAAACUGACCCAGUCACUUACAGCGGAGGAAGGUGGUUGUGCAGACAGGCCCUUGCUGCUGCGGGCGGAGACUGUCUCUGCCAGCCCCUCGCUGGAAUAAAGCAGUUCCCCCGGUU